CGAGUGACGACCGAUGUCGCCGGGGCCAGACCACGUUUCCUUUUCGAGUCGCGGCCUCGUCACCUCCAGCCCAGCAGCAAUACUAGGACCGAAACCUCCAAUCCACCACAACCACAACCAAUGCACACCACAACACGCACAAACAUGUCGCUCCGGUCGCUACUUCUCUUGGCCGUCUGUUCUCUCGCCAUCGCCUCCGAAUGGUCCUUCACUGGCGGGAAAGCCACGCUUGCUAGAAAGGGCGACCCUGAGGGUUCGAGCUUGAGCUUUGGACCGGAUAAGCCUUUCCCCUCCGCCAUCCCGCUUGCUGCUAGGGACGUCCUCAAGCUUCAAUUCACCCUCACCGAUGGAGAGAACACCGGCCGUCCGCACCAAGCAUUCCUGCUCGUUACUGACCCCGAGACCGACCUGGAGACCUUCUACCCACUUAGCGUCAAGGGCAACUCCGGCCGUGCCAAAGUCGACCUCACGCACAAAGACCUCCCCAGCCACCUCCUCAGCGCCUCGACGCUCUCGCUUUCUCUCGCGCUCGGCGACAAUACCUUGCCCUCAGGCAGCAUCAUCCCGCUCGGCUCGAUCGCGCCCACCAUCGACGCGUCGGCGAAAACCGCCCUAGAGAAGCAAAGAGCAACCGAUCUGGGCGAGGGCGUUGGGGCGUUCGGCCCAAAGCGGGAGAUCCUCCACGUGUUCCGCGAGGACGCGAAGAGCCCGCCAAAGACCAUCACCCUAGCGUUUUUGGCGUCCGUGGUCGUGGCCUAUCUGGCGUUGUUUGGUGCUUGGUUCCCGUUGCUCGGUGCCAACCUUAAGCAUCUGCCGAAAGCGCUGCAGGCAGCGCCUAUGAGCCAUUCGCUUUUCUUGGUCAGCUUGGUUGCCCUGGAGGGUCUGUUCUUCAUGUACUACACUAGCUGGAACUUGUUCCAGUUGCUCGGUGGUGUCAGUGUCGUUGGACUUACUGCGUUCCUGAGUGGAAGCCGUGCAUUGAGGGAGGUUAGGGCCCGAAGGGAACGCGGUGAGCGUUAAGGGCCGGUGCGUGGGUGUGUGUGUUCUGGCUAGCUAGAGGGGAGGGAACAAAAUACGGUAUUGGGUAGACAUUAUCACGCAGAGCCAUCGAGUAGGUUUAUCACGCUGAUGGUAAAUGACGGGAAGCCACGAAGAAAGUGAUCAUCUAUUCUA